AACUAAAUUGUCCAGUAUUCCGCGCGCACAUACGUUCACACAACCGGUCAAGUUGUUUUUUUUUCGGUAGAUCGUUGUUGCUCGUGGUUUUUGAAUUCUCUCAACAAUGUUGUGCACUCGUCAUAUUGGAUUAUUCGUAAUUAUUAUAGCUACACAAGCUACACACUUGUGGGCGUUCUUUAGAACAGUCCAGAUAUAUAAUCACAAUUCAACAGUAGAACAUAUCUUGAGAAAAAAUAUUUUUAAGAACUAUGACAAGAUAGUGAAACCUUACGCCCCCCAGGAUAAAAACUCCUUAGAAGUAAACAUGAAAAUGUUGGUAAAAAGUGCAGAGUUGAAUUAUGAAAAAUCUCAAAUGAUACUCAGCACAUGGUUCAUAGCGAACUGGAUCGACGAUAGGUUGACUUGGAAUCCAAGCGAAUACGAACACCUGAAUUCCAUAAUAGUCGACCACCGUGAGAUCUGGCACCCGGACAUCAUGGCGUUCAACAACGUCGACGCCAACAUGGAAGACGAUCGGACGCACGUCAACAGCGUGUUGAACAGAAGCGGUGGGGUGAUAUGGGUUGAACCGGUGCAGUACAUUAUACAUUGCAAGACGGACACAACGAACUGGCCUCACGACACGCAGACCGGAGUCUUGAAACUCGGGUCGUGGUUGUACUUGGGCAGAGACCUGAACCUGACCAUCGACGAAGGAGAAGAAGUAGAAAUGGCUAGCUCGCACUCGGAAUGGGACAUCACUAACGUUUCCAAGGAGAGAAACAUCAGGUACUAUGACUGCUGUCCCGACGAACAGUAUAUCGACAUCGAAUACAAUAUUACCAUCAGGCGGAAGGUCCAUCCCUAUAAGUCAGUCCUCUAUAUCCCAGCUCUAUGCAGUAUUUCGUUUAAUUUACUAACAUUUUGGCUCCCGUACUCCGACAAUCAAAGUAAAUUGUUUGUGAACCUGUUCAACGCACUAUUCGUCACUAUGGCCAUUAUGGUCGUGUACACAAAAGUACCGAUUGUCACUUCCACUGUUCCGCUGAUUGUCGUUUACUACACUUACAGUUUGGGACUGAUCGCCACGACCGCGGUGCUGUCCAUGGCUGUAAAAGGCAUGUCCGUGGUGAGCAAACCACUACCACACGGGGUUACUUGGUUCCUACAUUCCGGUUACCUGGUGUACUUGGGCAUCGAGAUAAACGGUUCGGCGGCCGAUUGUCACAUGCUCUGCGAAUCCGAAGAGAUGAUCGCGCAGACCGCCGAUUUGAAUGAGCGACACAAACUCGCCAAGGUAAUCGACAGGAUAUGUUUCGUGGUGUUCGCAUUCAUCUAUUUGAUUCUUCUGUUGAGGCUAAUGCCGUAAACAGACGCUGUCUCGCUGUAUACUAUACCUUAAAUGCAUCCUGUCCAAUAAAGGCACGUCCUUGCGCCUUAUCGAUCAUACUUAUAUUAUUAACGAUUUAUUUGCAAAACAACUUAUACCUACCUACCAUACACUAUGGACGAAUAGUGUCGUUGGACGGCACUGACCAGAAGAUCAAAAUUAUACCAGGUGAAAUCAUUGAUGAGUGAAGUCUAAAAAACAGAAAAAUGGAUUUUGUUUUUUACAUAUUAAUAAUUAAUAUAAAAAAUAUGACCUACUUAUGUAUAUAAAUAAUAUAAUAAAGUAAUAAUGUUCAAAUUC